ACUUGCCCGUUCGUCCACCAGUAGGGAAUCCUCCCUUUUCGAUGACGUCGGUGAGCUGUCGUGCCGGAAGGAAAGAUGGCGGAUCACGGGGAGCAGUUGUCUGACGAGGAGAAGGUGCGCAUAGCUGCAAAUUUCGUCCUUCAUGCUCCAGCUGGAGAGUUCAAUGAAGUUUUCAACGAUGUGCGACUGCUACUUAACAAUGACAAUCUGCUCAGGGAAGGAGCAGCCCACGCAUUUGCACAGUACAAUUUGGACCAGUUUACUCCAGUGAAAGUGAAUGGGUAUGAGGAACAGGUCUUAAUCACGGAACAUGGUGAUCUGGGCAACGGCAGAAUUCUGGACCCCAAGAACAAGAUCUCCUUUAAGUUCGACCACCUGCGCAAGGAGGCCAGUGACCCACGUCCCCAUGACGUGGACAGCAGCACAGAGAACUGGAGGAGUGCAGUUGACGCCGCUGUGCGCGACUACAUCAGGGAGCACUACCCCAAUGGAGUGUGCACAAUUUACGGGAAAACUAUUGAUGGACAUCAAACCAUCAUUGUGUGCAUUGAGUGCCAUCAGUUUCAGCCAAAAAACUUCUGGAAUGGACGCUGGAGGUCAGAAUGGAAGUUUACCAUCACCCCUUCCUCUACUCAGGUGGCAGGCAUCAUGAAGGUCCAGGUCCACUACUAUGAGGACGGCAAUGUUCAGCUGGUGAGCCAUAAGGAAGUUCAAGAGCCCAUGACCAUCUCUAAAGAUGCAAAGGAAACUACCAAGGAAUUCAUUAAGAUCAUGGAGGCAGCAGAGAAUGACUACCAGAUUGCGAUUAAUGAGAAUUACCGGACGAUGUCGGACACUACAUUCAAAGCUUUACGCCGACAGCUUCCCGUCACCCACACCAAGAUCGACUGGAACAAGAUCCUAAGCUACAAAAUAGGGAAGGAGAUGCAGAAUGCUUAGUCAGGCCUGCAUGGUGGAAUUGUCCCUUGUACAAAUGAACUUUAAAAAAGGUUUGGUCUCAAAUUUAUUUGAUCAGUUAAGAUGCCUACUUUUAUUAAGUGUUUUAUAAGGAAACCACUAAAUGUCAUUGUUUGGUAAAUGAUGUGAGGGAAAUUACUGUACGCAUUUUUUUUUUCCCCCUCUUUUGCCCUUCCCUGAUCGGGGUGGGUGGAUUGAGCAAAUGAAAAUGGUUGGAAAGCACUCUUUUGUCACUUAGUGUUCCCUCGUGAAUCUGAGACCAGACUUUUCAUGCAGUUUUCAUGCACAAGAAAAAAGGAAGCUGUUCAGAGGAUUUGUAAAUUUUGAAACUGAGAAGUGUAGUAGUGUGUGACUGUGCCCUUUUCGUAACACAAAGCGACACUCUUCCAAUACGGUAAUUUACUGUGAAAACAGAUAUGCAUUAGGUGAUUUUUGACGGCCUUUCUCGCACGCAGUCAUCCUUGUGGUUCGUUCGAUAGCUCUAGUUUCUUGUCUUGUCAUCUCUGUGAACCCAUGCAGCAGUGGCAGUUUUUGGCCAUUUUCAGGUGCACACUGACAUUUCAGCCAGUCAUGUGAAAAGAAUAAAAUACUGAUGUUUGCCUCACUUGUCCUUGUUUUAAAUAAAAAGGCUACUUGCUACUUAAUGUGCAUAACUUGUACUGCAUCCCUAGGUUAUUUUUAAUGAAAAUGACUGUAUUAUAAGGCACACUGUAAUAUAUCUGUAUUAAAAAUG